AUGAAGCAGAAAGAUCAAAUUUCUACAAAGUGUGAGAGUGUCAUAAUCAAGAACUUAAGGGACUUAGCUGCAAUUAACAAAAAGCAAGCAGCAAUGGUGUUUUCUGAUCAUGGGUUUGAUUCCACUACUGGUCUGAAGAAGUUGGACGACAAGUCGAAUCAAACUGAAGAGUCUCUUCGUACUGUCAUUAUUAAACCUCGUAAAAGAACAAGAUUGGCAUUGAGAGCUAGUGUUGAUGAACAAGAAGAGAAAAAGAGUUCAGAGAAACGAAGCUUUCUAACCCUAGAAGAAGCUGGUCUUGUUGAAAUGUCGGGUUUAAGCAGUCAUGAAGGAUUUUUAUGUCGAUUGACGAUAUCUUCGCUAAAUCUUUUGAGGGUGAUAGGAGAGCAAGAAGGGUGUAGUAUUGAGGAAUUGAACGCAGGGAAAGUGUGUGAUUGGUUUCUGAAAGACAAACUCAAAAGAGAGCAGAAUUUGGAUGCUGUUCUUGAGUGGGAUGAAUCUAAUUUCCAACUAUAAAAGACCUGUUGACCCUAAAUUUCCACACAUAUACUCUAUGUUACAACUACCAAUUGGAUGGUAGUUUUGUCAAUUGGGAAAUUAUUGUCGAUUGGUUUAUUCAAAGGUUCAAAGAUGCUCCUAAAAAC